AUGGGUUGUUAUUUUUCAUCAAUAAACACAGUUAGCAGUGAAGACAUUCUUAAUAAAAUUGAUAUUUUAUAUUUAAUACAAUCAUGGAAUAUUAUUAAAACUCAUAGUCUCCAUAAAUUUGCUCAAGAUGUUCUUAUAAAAACCAUUAAUCGAAGUCCAUCACUUCGUCAAUUUUGGAUAUCAAAAAUUCAAGUUGAAGGAAAUAAUUAUGAUUAUGGUCAAAAUGAAUCAUGUUUAAGAACUGAUUUAAGCUGGCGCAUUGGAUUACGUGAACAUAGUAUUCAACUUAUAUCAAUACUUGAGAAACUUAUGUCAGCUAUUACUAAUGAAAAUCAUUUAAAAAAAGAUCUUCAGUCUCUUGAUCUUCGAGAGAAUAUUUUCCUCGUUGAAUAUGAAUCGUUCAUGACGAUGAAAAAAUGUAUGUUGGAGACUGUCCGAGAACAUUUGAAAACGUUCAACUAUGAUUUUACACAUGAACAUGAACGAGCUUGGCAGAAAUUUUUAACAUAUAUUGAACAUGCGAUUAAAAGCAAGAAUACAAUAACCCAACCAACAGACGUUAUCAUUGUAUCAGAUACCAACAGCCAACAACAUAAUUGA